AUGCUCAAGCCUCUUGGCUUUCGAGGUCUGAGCGCCGCCAGCAGUGAUCCGACACAAACCUCGCUGCCACUGGCCAGCGAGGCUUCUUCCACAAACACUGGGCUCAAGGAGUCUAAAUUCGAACCGCACGACGACCGCCUAACGGAUCUGGGGAUGCCGGUCAACGAGGCCCUCCUGUCCGAGCAGAGCAGGUCGCUCGUCGGACUGCCUCCGGUGCUACGACACGGCCUGACAGGCGUCGCCGUCAUUGCCGGGAUUUCGCUGCUGUCAACCGUCGCGCUGUUUAUUCAUCUCACCUUUAAACUUGUCACCUGGCAUGUACAAGCACGGAAGUCACACAAUGCUCAAAAGCGGAUGCACUCGCCCACGGCUGUGGACUUGUCACUGGGGCUCUCCCAACGAUACUUUCGAGGUGGAAAAGCGCGCCACGCUGAGGAGGGAGGGGCGCCCAAAGACAAUGGCCAAGUCAAGAUCGUGAAGCCGGAGCCCAACCAGUUCGUUGUUCUGCUGUACAACUUGCUGCUGGCCGAUAUCCAUCAGGGGAUGGCAUUCUUUCUCAACAGCGUCUGGGUGGGAAACGAUUCCAUCAUGGUCGGCACGACGACCUGCUGGGCUCAGGGCUGGUUUGUGUCAACUGGAGAUCUGGCAGCCAGUUGCUUCAUCACUGCUAUCGCCAUCCACACCUACUGCAUCAUUGUACGAGGUUGGAAGCCACCACAAUGGGCUGUCAUUGCCACCUGCGUCUUCCUCUGGGCGUUUGUGUACAUUCUGGCCAUCAUUGGUGUGGGGAUCACCGGUGACGGUGGCAAGAUUGGCGGCUACUACGUUCGUGCCGCGGCAUGGUGCUGGGUGAACAAGGAGUACGACACUCUCCGCCUUGUCCUCCACUAUCUCUACAUCUUCAUCUCCCUCGCCCUCACCUCCCUCCUCUACACCCUCAUCUUCUUCACCCUCCGCCGCCGCACUCAGGAGGCGGACCGCGGCCGUCCAGGAGAUGUCGGCGCCGCAUCCGGCAAGCGCUCCCUCGACCUGCGCAGCACCACCACCACGACCACCAACAGCGCCGCCAAGCCCGCCGGCUCCGGCGCCACCAAGGCCAAGCUUAACGGGCACCACCCGGCCUUCCUCGUCUACCCCAUCAUCUACGUCUUCUGCACCCUACCCUUGGCCCUCGGCCGCAUCGCCACCAUGGCCGGUGCCGAUGUCCCGCUCGCCUACUUCUGCGCCGCCGGCGCCCUCAUCGUCAGCAACGGCUGGGCCGACGUCCUGCUGUGGGGCCUGACGCGCCGCAGCGUCAUCUUCGGCCACAUCGACGACGACGACCUCGGCAUCGAGACGUUCGAGUUCAUGCGCACCCCGGCCCGGCGGUUCGGCAACAUGAUCUGGGUCGAGGGCGCCGGUAGCGCCGCGGCCGCGGGCAAGGGCAAGCCUGGUGGCGGUGGCAUGGGCGAGGAGAGCGGCUUCUGGGAGAGGCUGCUCAAGGGCCCCAAGGGCUGGAGGGAACUUGCUGGCAGCCAGAGCAGCAGGAACUCUCACGUCCAUGGUCACCGGCGCACGGGCGAGCGGAGCAUCAGCCAGGAGUCGCUGAGAGGCGCCGCUCAGAACGACCGUGGCAUGGCAAUCCAGAUGGACCUUGUCACCACCGUCGUGGUCGAGAUGGAUCACGAUGUCAAGAACGUUCGGACGCGCGACGCGAGCGCGCACUCGACCGGGAGCGAGAGCAGGAUGGGCAUGUGA